UUCACGAUGCGCUUUCUCGCGGUGGUUGUGUUGUGUUUUUAUGUGGGUUUAGUGUGUGCGAGAAUCGCCUUCAACUACUGAAGAUGCUGACGAGAUUACCACGACGGGUUUCUGUUACGACGACGACGACGGACGUACGGACGGAACAUAUUUCGGAGCAGCGUGUGCAGGAAUCGCAGUAACUACUUUUGCGAAAUCGGGUGUGUGCGAUAGGUUGAGUUUUCUCUUGCUCACAUUUCCGGAGUGUUUUCGAACCGGAAAUGGUGAACAAUGCGAUAGAUCGAAGUGUUUUGAUUGCGGGAAUGUUGUGAUUUUGAGGUACGGAUUUUUCGACAAGAGAGACAGCGAUUAAGCAACUUUUUUCACGGAGGAAGUUGUUGGAAGGAGACUACGAAGUAAAAGAAAAAGAAGGUUCAACACGGUGACGACGGAAUUUUUUCAAGUUGAUUGUGGUUCGAGCUGCCCUAGGCGACUACGUAAUGGCCGAAGGAAAGGUAAAACGAGAACGAGAUGUGGAUUUGGGUGACUUUCGGAUGACGGCUGGUGGCGAUGAAAAUGGCGGUGGAUCGGAUCAGGAAAUUGUAGUUGGAAUCGACGAGGACCAUAUUAAUUUCCUAACCAGUAUGGCGUCUGGUGGUGAUUCAAUGGAUGGUCCACCGGAAGUAGAUGGUGUUGAGGGAGCUCGAAGGAUGAAACAAGAACUUUUAGAAGAGGAUGAUGAUGGAGAGGAUGUUAUGGCAGCGGCAGAAUCGAUUUUGUCCAAAACGGCGGAACGAACGCAGCAGCAGAUUUAUCACUGUCAGUAUUGCAACAAGACCUUCACUUGGUUCAAGUCCCUUACGGUGCAUCUUCGCACGCACACCAACGAAAAACCGUACAAGUGCGAGCUCUGCGACAGGUCGUUUGUGCGGUCCGAUUAUCUCAAAUACCACAUUAUAAAAUCCCAUGAAACGACGGAACAGGUUUUUACCUGUACUGCUUGUUCCGGGGUGUUCGCCACUAAUCGAGGUCUGCUGAGACACAUUCGCACCGAACAUAAUGGCAGCGUUGAUCGCAGAGAAAAUUUCACCAAUGCCGAACAUCCCUCGGAUAGCGAGUCCCACGGCGGCGAAAUUGAUGAGAACGGGAAAUUUGCUUGCACUUACUGUGAUGAGUUUUACGAUGCUCGUGACCCGUUGAUUGAUCACAUGAAGCGUCACUUGGGAGAAAAGCCAUACAGGUGUGACCUCUGUCCCAAAUCUUUUAUCCGGCAAGAUUUUCUACAAUGUCAUCGUUCCAACCAUUUGAAAGAACUGGACUUUAAACAGCCGAAUGGUUUCACCGAAGAGCCUGCGGCUAAACUGCCCCGUAUCAGCUUGAAGAAGCUGGAAGAUCUGGUUCAGUCCAACUCGGUCUCACGGGCAGAGUCUUCUGAUGAGGAAGCGGCAGACGAAGGCAGAGCCAGUUUGUCUGAGAGUGAAGAUGAACCACGAAAGCAGAAUUUGCCCGAAGAGACCGAGGAACAGAAGAGUAUGAUAACGGCACUGCUGGCGGAGGUGUCUAAGACGGACGACGACCGGUUGCAAUGCCCGCGGUGCGAGAAAACGUUCAUGCAAGAAACGGCCUUGAGGGUGCAUCUUCGAUUGCAUACAGCUAUCACCCCGUUCAAGUGUCCGCUGUGCAGUUUAGCAUUUAUGCGCCAAGACUUUCUGAAGAACCAUCUGAAGAAACACAUCGAAGACAACGGCGAGGAUCCUGGUGCUCCCGGAGCCAUCGAUACGUCCAAUUUGUCUUUCAACACGCCAGCCUUCACCAGUACGGCAAGUAGUUCUGCGGCACCAACAAUAUCUUUGCUGAAACCACUCAGCGCUCGUCCUCAAUCCACCGGAAUCUCGCUUUUGAAGCCUCCGGAGGAGCGGAAACCGCCUGAACAGCAGGAAUAUUGCAUCCGAACCGACGAUGGGAAAUUCAUGUGCACUGCCUGCGAACGAGUUUUCUCCCACCAGCAAACAGUUCGCAUCCACUUUCGAAUACAUACCAAUGAGAAACCUUAUAAAUGCAACCAGUGUCCGGAAUCGUUCAUCCGGUCGGACUACCUGGAGAGGCACGUAAAGAUCCAUUGGAAGGAUGGCCCCCCAAUGGUUAUUAUGCCACCGGCAAUCACGAAAGGAUCGUUUGCGGGUAUCGGAAUGUCCGAUAGUAGCGAUUCAACCAGUCCGCAGAAGCCAACAAUCGGCCGGGCCGGAUUAACGCCGGAAAAUUAUCACUUCGUGGAUGCUGGGGAUGGUCACUAUGCAUGUAAAAUCUGUGAUCAGGUAUUCAGCCACAGUGAUUCAUUGCGGAAGCAUGCCCUCACCCACACGGAAGAAAAGCCAUUCUUCUGUGACAUUUGUGAUCGAUCGUUCAAUAGGGUGGACUAUCUAAAAGAGCAUUUCAAAUCGAAACGCCAUAGACAGGCGUUGGCUGAAGCGAGCGGAGAAGUUAUGGACGACGAUGACGACUCCACUACCGACAUGAGCUACACGAGUAGAAUGGCCAAAACGAAAUCGCCCAUCAGCCCUAUGACGAAUGCACUGGCGGACAGGUUGGAAUUCCAGCGAACAGACGAUGGCCGGUACAAGUGUACCGAGUGUGACAAAACCUUCGUUACUGCCGUGACCUUGAAGAUGCAUCUUCGGUUACAUACGGGGGAGAAACCGUACAAAUGCAGUGUAUGUGGCAUGGCCUUCAUUCGUUCCGACUAUUUGAAGACGCACGAAAAAAUCCAUCGGCAGGAAGCGUUCAUGAGGCAACGGCAGGUAACGGGAGAUGGCCAUUUUUCGUCGGAUGAAGGCUCGAUCGAUGGUUCUAUGCAACAGGUGGAACCAUCGGCGAGUUUUAGAGGGCUAUUACGCAUGAAGAAUGAGUCAGACAUGGACGUUGGGGCCGCGGUGGUGGAAGAAGGGGAAGUGGACGGGGAAGAGGAGCACGAACAGGAAGAGGAAGACGACGAGAGCGAGGAAGAACAGGUAAUUGAAGUCAUGGUCAAAGAAGAGGACUCCGAUGACGAUGAGGACGAGGGUGAUGAAGUGAAAGAAGAACAGGAAUGCGAAGAAGACGACACGAGCGGUCGCAACGAUGAAGAGGACGGUGAUGACCACAAAGACAAUGGCUACGAGCAGGACGAGGACAACAUCUCGCCAGCCAAUGAGUCAGGAGGGGGCGGUGUUGAAACCGACCCGUCGGAACCAAAGUCGAAACAUCGGUGUCACAUUUGCAAGAAAGAAUUCGCUUGGCCGAAGUCGUUGAAGAUCCAUCUGCGAUCGCAUACUGGAGAGCGGCCGUAUGAGUGUGACGUGUGUGGCAAAAGCUUUACGCGCUCGGAUAGCUUGAAAGCCCACAGACAUACGCACGGUGACGUCCGGGUGCUGCAGUGUCAUCUGUGCGAAGCCACUUUUCUCAGCGAUAGCGGGCUGAUACACCACCAGCAGGAGGAACAUGGCAUAGAACCGUUGGACGGUUAUUAAAUUUCGGUCCGAAUAGUUCAACGAAGCACCGUUUACCAUUCUACAUGACACUGAAUCAUAUCGGGACAAUAUUUUUUGUAACUUUGAAGUUUGAGUCCAUUUGUGAUGGAUUAUGGGUUAGUUAGAUUGAAAUCACCUGCACUAACACCGAAUUACGAGCACAUUCAAAAAUUGAGAAACCAUUUUAACUAGGGUUGUGUACUGUACAGAACGAAAUAGUUUUAUUAGAAUUGUCUAGUUUUAAAACUUAAACUUCACAUACAAUGUAACGGAACGCGGAAGUACCGAUCUAAAUCGUGAUCGUGACAAACCAGGUGUUAGAAAAGCAUUCUCCACGUUAUUGAGAGUUGAAAGUGAAUGAAACUUUCAACAUGAACUCGAGCCGAUGGGGCUUUGACGCCGUCUUAUUAAUUGUUGUUUUGUGUUAUUAAAGGGAGACUGAAAAAGCACCUGGCAAUAUUCCUUUUGUUUUAUUUUAUUAUGUUAAAUCACUAGUGUUCAACACAAGAAUAUGCGGAUAGCAAAUAUAAAUUGCAUAAUUUUAUGCAAAACACAAAAAUCGCAAGAUGUUAGAUAUUUUAUAAUUUCAUUAAGUAUGUAUAUUUGUAUUAACUGUAUAAAGUUAUCUCAUUCAACAAACUGGUAGAAUCUACUUAUUUGAAACAA